AUGACGAAACUGAAGUUCACAGCCGAUUUCUCCGGCCAGAUUGCUCAGGGCUCGGGCUCGGGGUCAGUUUGGCCGCGAAAUCCCUCGAGCCACGCGUACCCACCGGAAUCGUCCUCGUCGCACGGUCGCGUCACGCCGUCUCGACCUGCUAAGCUCAAGAAGGAACGAGCACAUCAAGCAUGCGUCCCCUGCCGCGAUGCGAAGAAGAGAUGCGAACCGCGAGAUAGUGGGCCUGAUUGUAAAGAAUGCUUUCAUAAGAAAAGGAGAAACAAAGGCAAAGGCAAAGGCAAAGGCAAAGGCAAAGGCAAAGGCAUAGUCUGCGUGUUUCAGAACGUGCCGUGGGAAGAUAAUGCGCGUGUAUACGCGAAAAAGAGGGCGAGGCAGGAAAGGCGAAAGGCGGAGAGGGACUUGGAGCAGCUCACGCAACAGCAAAGUUCCGUGGCUGACCUGCGAUUCGAGUCGCAGCAGCCUGUCUCUGCAGUCGGGCAGCAGUGCAGUGUCACGCCAGUCGGUGCUGACUGGCCCUCCUCUGACGAAAGCCCCUCUGGUUCCGACACUUCCCUUUCGUCGGCUGAUCCGCUGACCCCCGUUGACCGCGCCACGCGCCAGGACCUCUCUCAAGCCCUCGCCUGGGGGUUUCCCGACCAGACUGCCGUUCCUGCCCACGCAGUGCCUCACCAACAGGGAUUCUUCGCCGACCAAAAGAUCCCUGUUCAGCCGAUGCAUCAGAUCAGAACGUCACCGCAAAUCUCGUGCUAUCCGCCUUACCCUUCGUCGUCGUUCAUCAACUCGGCUUACGAUCCUAACAUGUCGCAGUCUCAUCCUAACGUCAAUUGGAUGGCAAUGCAAGCAAGAAACUUCGAUCAUUGCGAGCAGCCUUUUCAGCAGCAGCCCGAAAUUUCGCAGCAGCAGCAGCUCCAAUUUCUGCAAUUCACUUCCUCGGCACCACUUCCCAACGCCGCCUACGCCAACGACGCCUAUCCUCACAGCGCCCAUACUCACAGCGCCUACGCUCAAGGCUCCUAUCCCAACGUUACCUAUCACUACAGCGUCUAA